ACUUGGGGGCGGUAGUGUACACAAAGUAGGCGAGAAAAUUCAUUUGCGGAAUUUUUAUACCAAUUUUUAAAAAUUUGUUUCUUGUAACGUCUACGUCUGAAAAUUGUAACGGCCUCCGAUGUCUUUAGCUCGAGGUGGAGGAAAAAUCCCACGGCUUAGUAAAAUACCAACAUCCUCCUACUACUAUGAGGCAUCAACAGAUAGGAAGGAAUAUGUGGCAGUUCAGAAUGCUUCUAGUUCUAAAGUUGAUUUUUUCUACGGAAAAUCCUCAAGGCCAAUUAAUUAUUCGAAAGUGCAAAGAAUCCGGGAAGAGAAAGUUGAGGAACGAAGAAUUGCUCCGACAGCAAGAGAAAAAGGAAUUAGGGAUCUUCCAGGAAUAGCUGUUAAUGUGAAGAUUCAACCACCUACAAGAGCUGCACAAACUGCACAACAGAGGGUUGUUCAGAAUACCCAGAGAGCUCCCGGAAGGCCCAAACAAUUGAGAUUUUCCAAAGUACCCACCACCAGUAGGUCACAGCUGAGAAUCCAGGCAAUUGAGAAUGCCCAAACGAAGAUCGUCAAUGAUCUCCUGGAGAAUGUCAUAAAAAUUGCAUCCAGUGUUCGUUCCAGCAGAAUUCCCGACAAAGAGAGGCUGGGUAAUCUUUUGCAGCUGAUUAAAAAUGUCCAGAUUGAGAUUCAGAGAAUCUACCCUGAUUUGGAGCGUCGUGAAUCCCUCCCAAAAACAUCUGAUCCCCAUACCAGGGGCAAUAUGCAGAAGAUUGUGGAAGAAUUGGCAAAUUUAUCUCAUCAGCUGGAAGAAGAAUCGAUGCCAGAGUUCUCAAGUACUGACAUGUCAUCCUUGGGGGCUUCCUCAAAGGAUCGUAGCUUCCUAACACCCGGGGAAAUGGACACGGAGGAUUUAUUUAAGGACACAGGAGAUCCCUUUGUGGGAGAUCGCAAAGAUUAUGCAGGAAUAGAAGAUAAUUUGAGCGAAAUAGACAAGGAAUCCUUCCCAGAACUCAUCACAACUGACCCCCAGGGAACUUCCGAUCGCUCUGAUGCAAGCAAAAAAAUCCAAAAUGCCCAGAAACAUUCAUUUGGACGCUUGAGUGAUUUAUCCAGAGAAUCCUUCCCGGAUUUGAGUUCUUCCGGACAUGCGGGGAGUUUCUUGGAUUCAGCGGAAAUGGACACGGAUUUCGGGGAAGCCGCACCGGAUAGUUACUUUGAGAAUUUAAAGAAAAUCCCAAGCACAAAUAUGCAGAAAAUUGUGGAAGAAUUAUCCAAUUUAUCCCAUAAAUUGCAAGAAGAAUCAAUGCCGGAAUAUUCAAGUUUAGCUUCAUCCUUGGAUGCUUCUUCACAGCCCCAUGAUAGGAGUUUCUUCACUUCCGGAGAAAUGGAUACGGGGGAUUUGUUUAAGGACAUUGCAGUGCCUGAAGAUCCUUUUGCCGGAAAGAGAAGAGUUUUUGCAGAGAUUGAGGAACAAUUGAGUGAUCUUAAUGAAGAAUCCUUUCCAGAGCUCAUCACAACUGAUCCCCAGUUGUCUCCUGGUGCACAUAAGAAGCUCCAAGAUGCCCAGAAGAAUUCAUUUGGACGUUUGAGUAAUUUAUCAAAGGAAACCUUCCCGGAUUUGAGUUCUUCCGGACAUGCGGGGAGUUUCCUGGAUUCAGCGGAAAUGAACACAGAGUUCGGGGAAGUUAUCCCGGAUGAUUAUUUCAAGAGACCCAUACCUAAGAUCACAAUUGACCCGGAUAUUUCCAUUUUAGAAGAAGAAUCUUCCCCAGAACUGAUUAGUUCUGACACAUUUGAGAUUCCUUCAUUUGGAUUAACUUCCAGUAGUGAUUUGGAGAAGGAAUCUUUCCCAGAGGAAGCGUUCACCAGUAGAUCCGGAAGGGAUUUUUCAAGCGGAGAAAGGAGUCAUUUGGAAUCACAUGAUAUGAAAACGGAUGAUCUUUUCAAAUCCCUUGAGGCAGAAAAUCAAUCCCAAGAGCGUCAAAAAGGCUAUUUUAGCCAACUCUUUGAGAAUUUCAGUGAACUUGGGAAAGAAUCAGCUCCGGAAUUCUCUAGUUUAGGUCCUGCGGAAGCAUCAAAAGGAGAUUUGGACGAUUUAAGUGAGAUUCAAGAUGAAUCCAUUCCACAGUAUUCGAGCUUUGAAUUAUCCCUGGACAGGCAAAAAAAGGAUUUUCCGGGAAAGAGUUCCGUGAUGAAGGAAGCUGAUUCAGAUUUGAGUAUUUUGAAAUCGCACGAAAUGAGUACGGGAGGAUUAUUUGGGGACGUCUCAGGGGUAUCUCGGAUUGCAGGAAGUUUUGGGGAUGCUCAGAAAUUUGAUGGUCAAAUCGUUGAGGGUCUCAGUCAAAUUGUUGAUGAAUCCGUGCCUGAAUUUGCAAGCACGGGCCGAGGGAGUACUCUAUCCAGUAGAUCAGGACGUGAUAGGAGUUAUUUAACAUCCAAGGAAAUGGAUUCAGGAGGAAUCUUUGGAGAGAGUCUCCAUGAACUUCCACCUUCAAUGCGAGGCAGAGCUACUGCGAGGAAGGAUAUUGUCUUGGAAAUUGAUAAGAAUUUAAGUCAAGAGUCUGCUCCGGAGAUGGUCAGUGCGGAAGUUUCUGCACAGAAAAGUACUCAAAGUGGUCAAGGAUUCUUCAGUAAGAUCUUCAAGCAAUCUCUCGAAGAUAUAGCCAAUGAAUCCUUCCCUGAUCUCAGUGCAACUCCUGGGAUUCUAGAUAAAUCCUUCUCGAGAGAUCGAAGCGAAAGAAGCUUCUUGGAAUCACACGAAAUGCCAACAGAUGACCUCUUUAAAUCAUCUUCGAGGGAAAUUGAUAAAGAAUCCUUUCCGCAUGUUAGUUCUUCAGAUCUAGAUCAAUCAAUGCGAUCAAGUAGGAAUCUAUCGGAAAGGGAGAGGAGACUUUUGGGACGUUCUGGACAAAAUUUAAGUAGUCGCGAUCUGUGCACGGAAGCUCUCUUGCGGCAUACGUUAGAAGUCGUUAGAAUUCAAUCAGAAGAGCUAAAGAAGACUAAGACUCGCUACAAUAAAUUCAUAGAAAAUGUUGGUGGGAUCAUGCAAAUGCUAAAGAGCACCUAUGAUAGAGAUCUCUCCAAGGAAUCCCUCAGAAGGAUCAAUAUGAAGCUCCAGGAGCAACUGGAGUCCUUCAUUCAAAACGAAUAGGCCCAUUCAAGGAAAUUUUCAGUACAAAAUUUCAAAUAUUGCAAAUAAAAUUUUAGAUUUUAUUGAAUAGAGAAUUUUUUCUUGCUUUA